AUGUGCAGACGUGCUAUCACUGUCUGGAUGCAAGAGCAAUUCUUCAAUAGUAAGGAGGCAAUUAACAAACUCAAACAGAGACUGGACGUUGCGAUGUCUGACCCCAAGGGUGACGAUAAGCUGAUAAACGAUCUCAAUCUCGGUCUCAUGGUGGCGUAUAAAGCAGAAGAGGAAUUCUGGCGACAAAGGAGCAGAAUCAUGUGGUUAUCCUUAGGGGAUAAGAACUCAGGGUAUUUUCACGCGAUCGCCAAGGGACGUCGAGCUCGAGACAGAAUGACAGUUAUCAAGGAUGCAGAGGGUAUAGCGUACUAUGAAGAGGAACAGAUUGCGGGACAGAUAAAGGAAUAUUUUUCGGGCAUCUACUCCUCGGACUUCACGACCACCGGCUUAGCAUCUACUGUCGAGAUAGUAGGAUCAGCCAUCUCACCCUCUAUCGCACCUGAUACGAACGAAAGUAUUUGUUUCAUCCCUACAGCUGCAGAAAUAAAAAAUGCUCUCUUUCUCAUCCAUCCGGACAAGGCGCCAGGGCCGGAUGGCUUCUCUGCAAGCUUCUUCCAUUCUAAUUGGAGCACUACUGGACCAGCUUUGAUCUCAGAAGUACAGGCAGUCGUCCGGACAGGAAGCUUACCACCGGUUACCAACGUCACGUACGUUCGUCUCAUUCCGAAGAUAACAGGAGCGAAGCUGUCAGCCUUUGUGCCUGAAAGAGCCAUCUCGGACAACGUUCUCAUCACACAUGAGAUUCUCCACACACUUAAGACGUCGGAAGCGGAAAUUCAUUGCUCGAUGGCCGUCAAGACAAACAUGAGUAAGGCCUAUGAUAGGCUAGAAUGGCACUUCAUUGAGACAGUCCUGAACCGGUUCGGAUUUGCAGUACCGUUCGUCAACCUGAUCAUGCAAUACACUGAUGAGAGGAGCUGCUCUGCCUUGUUAGACAUCUUGCAUCAGUAUAGAAUGUCGUCUGGUCAACUGAUAAAUGCGGCCAAGUCCUCUAUAUCCUUCUCGGCUAAGACCCCGCAGGCAAUACGGCAACGUGUUAAACAACACCUCGGGAUUGAGCAGGAAGGAGGAGUAGGGAAGUACUUACGACUACCAGGACAUUUCGGACGACGCAAGAAAGACCUCUUUACAAACAUCGUAGAUCGCAUCAGACAACAGGCGGUUAGUUGGGCCUCAAAGCACCUCUCAAGCGCAGGAAAACUUGUCAUGCUGAAGGCCGUACUCACACCGAUCCCAUCCUAUGCGAUGACAUGUUUCGAGUUACCAGUGAGCUUAUGUAACCGGAUACAAUAUGUGCUCACGAGGUUCUGGUGGGAUGCUUCGCCAGACAAGAAGAAAAUGUGUGGGGUGGCAUGGGAAGUAAUCACAACACCAAAAGCGGCAGGGGGCUCGGGGUACGUGACAUUCAAGCUUUUAACACUGCCCUACUUGCGAAAUAGGCGUGGCGGAUUGUAUCUAAACCGGACUGCCUACUCUCUAAAAUCCUUCGCGCCAAAUACUGCAGCAAAGUGUCGUUUCUUCAAGUGGAACCACCGAAAACAGCCUCUCACGGGUGGCGAGGAAUUCUAA